AUGCACUCCAUAAUAUCUCCGGAGAUGUACGCGUGGGGGUCCUUGGCUUCCAAAAAGAUAGCUUCACCAGACUUGAGCGUGCAGUGGUUCAACAUCAAGCAACCGCAGAAGAGACCAAUGUCGUUCGGGAACUGGGCGUCCAGUCUUUGGAUCAGGUCGGCUAAAGUCUCGCCAAACAGGGCAGGGUCGGACUUGGUCUUCUUGACAAUGCUGGCAGCCAAAGGCUCGAACUUGGACUCUGGGCUGUUCAUCACACGGCUGAAUACUUUUUGCAGCAGCUUCUUCUUGCCAGCAACGUCCGCAGAAGCAAUACCAGAGUGGAAUUCCUCGGUCACAUCAGCUCCCACGAGUUCCUUGAACUCUGGAAUUUUCUGCAACAGCUCAUCGAUUUGUGCCAGAGGCUUGAAUCCACAGAACGCCUCGAAGUCGGUGAUAGCAACGGCCAUCUCCGGCUUGUGGUUGUCGUCUGGGUAG